UACAGCGCUGCUGAGCUCUGGAUUGUGAUUGGUCGGAAGAGAAGGCGUUGAUUAAUUCUCGAUAACGGCAGCUCGGACAGUAGCGUAGCUGCACAUCACGGGUUUUUCUUAACUGUAUAUCUGUGUACUGCUUCAGUUUAAAGCUGUACGUUCAGUGCACAGUGUUAAACUGGAGGCUGUACGCUUCUAUUGCUUUUUAUCAGCAUUAUCCUCGAGGCUUCAGUGGAAAACUAAACAAGUACACUGUCUCUGGUCUUCUCUCCGUUACAGAUGUAUGGCCGAUACACUCAGGAGCUCGGCGCCUACGCCAAGGAGGAAGCGGCUCGCUUCCGGGCUGCCGGGGUUCGAAACCAAACUCCGGAUCAGCUGGAAUACAAAAAGGAUCGGUGUGCCAAGUGCCAGCUGUGCACGUCGCGGUGUCAGAGGUUCCUGAUUUCCCGUGUGGGUGAAGACUGGAUUUUCCUCAUCCUCCUGGGGCUGGUGAUGGCGAUGGUCAGCUGGGUGAUGGACUACACCAUCGCCUUCUGCCAGCAAGCACAGAAGUGGAUGUACAGAGGACUGGACAGUAACAUGCUUCUGCAGUACCUGGCCUGGGUUGCGUAUCCUGUGGUCCUCAUUACCUUCUCUGCAGGGUUUACACAAAUUCUUGCGCCUCAAGCAGUGGGUUCUGGGAUUCCAGAGAUGAAGACGAUCCUUCGUGGUGUGGUGCUGAAAGAAUACCUGACUUUUAAAACCUUUGUGGCAAAGGUUAUUGGUUUGACUUGUGCCCUCGGUAGCGGCAUGCCACUGGGAAAAGAGGGUCCGUUUGUCCAUGUUGCGAGCCUGUGUGCUGCACUCCUGAGCAAAUUCAUGGCCCUGUUUGGAGGAAUCUACAUGGAAGAACCGUUUGAGGGAACCAAGAAUGAGUUGAGGAACACAGAGAUGCUCUCUGCAGCGUGUGCUGUCGGAGUGGGCUGCUGCUUUGCUGCCCCUAUUGGAGGUGUGUUGUUUAGUAUCGAGGUGACGUCCACGUUUUUUGCCGUGAGAAAUUAUUGGAGAGGAUUUUUCGCAGCAACGUUCAGCGCCUUCAUCUUCAGAGUUCUCGCUGUGUGGAACAAAGACGAAGAGACGAUCACGGCUCUGUUUAAAACGCGAUUUCGUCUGGAUUUUCCGUUCGACCUGCAGGAACUCCCAGCCUUCGCCGUGUUGGGUAUUACAAGUGGAUUCGGAGGCGCGCUGUACGUUUACCUGAACAGGCUGAUCGUCGAGUCGAUGCGGAAACAGAAAACCAUCAAUAAGUUUCUGCUUAAAAAGCGCUUGGUGUAUCCUGCUGUCGUCACUCUCCUCAUAUCAACUCUCACUUUUCCUCCAGGAUUUGGGCAGUUCAUGGCCGGACAGCUCACUCAGCACGAGUCGUUAGUGGCGCUGUUCGACAACCAGACCUGGUACAAGCAGGGCGUGUCCGAGGAGUUUCAGUUCUCGAGUGAGACUCAGGCCUGGAAACACCCGCAGGUCAGCGUCUUCAUCACCCUCCUCCUCUUCAUCGUCAUGAAGUUCUGGAUGUCAGCCGUCGCUACGACGAUGCCAGUGCCGUGCGGCGCCUUCAUGCCCGUUUUCCUUAUAGGUGCUGCAUUCGGUCGCUUGGUGGGUGAAAGCAUGGCGGCCAUGUUCCCCGACGGCAUUCACAGCGACAACACCGUAUAUCCCAUCGUUCCUGGCGGCUACGCUGUUGUAGGUGCUGCGGCGCUUUCCGGAGCGGUCACACACACCGUGUCCACGGCGGUUAUUGUGUUCGAGCUGACUGGUCAGAUCUCACACAUCCUGCCCGUGAUGAUCGCCGUGAUCCUGGCCAACGCCGUGGCUCAGAGCCUCCAGCCGUCGCUGUACGACUCCAUCAUCAGAAUCCAGAAACUUCCGUACCUGCCGGAACUGGGCUGGGGCCAGGAGAAGUAUAAUAUCCGAGUGGAGGACAUCAUGGUGCGAGACGUCCGUUUCAUCACGCUGUCCUCGACGUACCGGGACGUGCAGGAGGCGCUGGUGACCGGGCAGCUGAAAACUCUCGCUCUUGUGGAGUCUAAAGAGUCGAUGAUCCUGCUCGGCUCUAUCGAGCGUUCUCAGCUGCAGUUUCUGCUCUCGGAGCAGCUCGGUCGCGGCCGACGGUUGGAGUACCUGAGGGAACGAGCGCAGGACAACGGCGCCCACGUCCCCUCGUCGUUUUCCCAGAAUUCCUCACCCAACGCUGGUCGCGGAGUCCGCUUCCUGAUUUCCACAGAGGAAUCCUCGUACAGUCCGACUCUCACCAACUCCCAGAUUCCCCUCAAGUCCGCGCUGAAGACCGUGUCGUCCAUCAGCAACACCGACACCCUGAACAGUUCUCCGAGUCUGUCCUCUGGAGAACUGGUGAAGGAGCAGGUAGAGGAAGCCCCUACCGUCGAGGAUGACGUGUCGACAGCAGAGAUGUCUUUACCCCAGAUAGCUGAGUGGGAGGAGCAACAGCUGGAAGAAGCCGUCUGCUUUAACAACUGCAAGAUAGACCCCGCCCCCUUCCAGCUCGUCGAACGCACGUCUUUGCACAAAACGCACACCAUUUUCUCACUGCUCGGUCUGGAUCACGCUUACGUCACGAGCACCGGGAGACUCGUCGGAGUGGUCUCGCUGAAAGAGCUACGCAAAGCCAUUGAGGGCUCCGUAACGGUCACAGGCGUGAAAGUCCGCCCCCCUCUGGCCAGUUUCCGUGACAGCGGCACCAGCAGCAGCGUUUCCGAAGUAACCGAGCUCCACAAGCUCUGGAGUCGGCACAAGAGCCUGUCGUUGCCACGGGAACCGAAAACAGCCGCCGAGCUCUGCGACGAGAUGGAGCAUCCGUCCGAGAGCAGCGUGCUGAACGAGACGGACUGCACCGAGGUCUUACACAGCGAAGACCAAUCAGAAACCUCGGUGGUGGAGGAGACCCAGUCGGAGCUCGAGAACAUUUCAGAAAACUUUUCCGAACCGGCCGAGGAAACCGGCUCGGGCCAAAGCGAGGACCUAACAUGCAAGGUUAACCCGUCAAACACGGCGAACCAGCCGGAAUGACGGCUGCUGUUUGUUAUUUAACGCACACUAUCGAAUCUAACAUACUGGGACAUUCAUGCACACGACCCUGCCGUCACACUAGCAAGCGACAAAAUGGCAGCGCGCGAUCUAUGUUCCUUCGUGUUAUGCUAAUCAGUAAGACGCAGUGAAUCUAUCUAAUUAGCGCCACUAAAUUCCACUCUAAACCUGUAGGCGGUCAUAUUGAAUUCGUUUCCAGUGCCGAUAACGUGGAAAAAACAAAAACUAAAUUGGCCGGACACCUAGCAGGCAUCACUGUUGCUAAUACAAGCGACUGAAAAUUGGAAAAAGCACAUGGUUAAUGUUUAAUAUUGAUAAAUAGCUGCGUGAUGCAAGAAGAAUCUAUCAGUCUGGGAGGAUGAACGCUAGCAUGUAAAGGGAUGCUAAUGCUAACAGAAGCACGCAGCUGUUAAUGUAACAGCAUGUGAUGUGAACAAUAUUCAAAUAAGUUAAACAAAAUUACAUUUUUAAAAAACCCACGGUAAUGAACCUUAAAACCAAAAAGGCGUGACUCGAGCAUCUUAUCGCUUUCCAGUGUGAGCGCUGGGUGAAUUCAGGGUCGAGGAGGAGCGUAUAAACGCCGAGGCGCACGUCCGGGUGAGAACCGAAUGUAUAGACGCCACAGCAUAAACGAUAUGUAGUAGGCAUGUUCCGAUGCUAUCGAAUAUUAUCAUGAACAACAUCGUAUCGGAGAGGCAGCUGAUAAACAGAAUUAUGGGUUUGAUACCUUUCAGCGGCCCUUGGGGAGUUGGACACACUUUAUGUCAGGAGCACAAACGCUGGCCGAAAAAAAAAAGAAAAGAAAGAAAGAAAAAAGCAGCCUACCCAGGCAGGGUGCCAAUAUUUUAAAGCAGCUACGGUGACAAAUAUUGCAAUAGACCGUACAAUGGGUUAUUGGCGCAUGGCCAUAUUUAAGUGUCAGAAUGAAUAUCAGAUUAUGAAAGGAGGAAUGGUGUGUGAGUGUGUGAGUGUGUGUGUGUGUGUGUGUGUCUUUGCAUAACUGAAGUGUGUGACUCAGCUGCACACAGAGCCCACAUCCCCCAUCUGGAGCCGACACUUUUCAUCUGUCUCCGAGAGCUAAGCUACAAUUUGGCUCUAAAUUUAGCCACUUAAUCGCCGCAGUGACGACCGGAGAGAAGAAAAGACGCAGCAAAACGCGCGGAGAGACAAAGAAUGGCGGGAAGAACGGCGUGAAGAGGAAGAGGAAGAGGAAGAGGAGAGGUGGGACGAAAGAGAAACAACACAAAGAGCGAACGAGGCCGAAGGGCAGAAUUUUUUCAGCGUGUUGUAAUUAGCGUCAACGGUACUCGCGCUAGCUGAAAGCGGAUAGCCAGCGUAAAUCAGGAGGUCUAAUGAAACGUGAUAAAUCGACAAACACACACACACGUUGUAAAGGAUGACAAGGUAGAUAUUCAGAUUAGCAUCGUUCCUUCGUCUGAUUGGAUUGGCCCUUUGGUUCGCCAGCUCAUAUCGGCAGAAAAAAUACAGGUGGAUAAAAAAAAAUUAGCUUUUUUUUUUCAUCUGCGAUUUUUCAACGACAUAAUCACUACAGAUCCACACCGUAACAUAAUAAAGAUCAUUUCAAUUACAACCCGGUGAGGUUAGCGAGCUAGCUAUGCUCUUCUGUGUUUUAGCAACACACAAAAACCUAUGAUUAAAUAACAAACUAAAUAUGUUUAGGUUAGCUAGCAAACAAUAACGUCCUAUUGUAACUUGGGCUAACUAGCAAUGUCGUCUGUAGUAAUGAAAACAACUGCUCGUCAACAAAAAUACAAUACAACAAUAAAUUAAAAUAACUUUUUUUUUUUAAAAGACGUCAUCCUUGUGCUACAAUUUCAAACAAAGUUGACGAUCUCUUAUAAUAUAAUAUUAUCUAAAUACCACUACAAUGUAGAGAUUUGGAGAUCUGACUGUUGUUCAAUCUUUCACCAGGAGUUGGUUUCUGGCUUGCUAGGUUAGCUAGCUAAAUUUACCUAGCUAACAAUAAUCUCCUAAAUUGACCUAAGUUAGCUUAUUGUUAACAAAAUUACACUGCAAUUAAACAAGAAUACCUUUGUAAAGAC